UGAAGUCAGAAUCCAUGUCAGUGGGGAAAAAAAACAGAGGAGAAAAAUAUACGAACAUUUUUGGUAUCACGAGCGAUUGCAACUUGUGAGUGAAUAAAAGUGCAUCAAGAACAUAAUUUUUUUAUUCCCAUCAUUAAUAAUCGGAGUAAAAUACACGUUAGACCAAUCUGUGUUUCGUAAUCGAGAAGAAGAUAUCAUGCCUGACGAAGAGAAAGUCGAGGAAUUGACAAAACAGAAGUAUCGCAGGCGGACAUGGGAUGAAAUGAAAAAAAAUGGUGUUGGCCAUAAUCCAGCGAGUGAUCGCCGUCACAGACGAAUGCCAAGGCUUCCAAAAUUUGUAGGUGCAGAGGAUGCAGCUAAACGUUUGGCUGAUCUGGCUGAGUUUAAAAAUGCCAAAGUCAUAAAAUUAAAUCCAGACGAGCCACAGGAGCCAGUCAGACUGAUGGCACUGAAGGCUGGCAAGGAGAUACUCAUCCCAAUUCCACGAUUGAAGUCAGGGUUAUUUCUACACGUGACACCACCUGAGAACCAAGAGGAGAUUGACAGCAAGAUAUUCACGUCAAAACAGGAGUUGGUGAAGCAUGGCAAACCUCUGGGGCUGGAUGCUGACAUCAAGGUGGAUUUGGUAGUGAUGGGAACACUUUGUGUCAAUCGUCUGGGGCACAGGAUUGGAAAGGGCGAGGGAUUCUCUGAUCUCGAAUUCGCCAUGAUGAUGAGGAUGGGGGCAAUUAAUCAAAACACUGUUGUCGUCACGACAGUCCAUGACUGUCAGAUCGUCGACGAUUUGCCACCUGGAUUGGUUGAGAAACAUGAUGUACCUGUGGAUAUUAUUGUCACACCUACGCAGACGAUUUUCGUUACUGAGAGGCUGAGAAAACCUGAUGAAAUUUUUUGGGAUAUAUUGACAAUGAGAAGGAUCAAGUCUAUGCAGAUACUGCAGCAGCUUAAAGAAAUGGACGAGAAGGAGGGAAAGGAGAUAACUCUGAAACCAGACGAUCCCAACCAUUCCCAGAGGUGGAAGAGAUACGACAGCAAUUCUUCAAGGAAACGACGAGAGAAGGCACCAUCAAAAUCCUCUUCACAAGACAAUCACCAAGAUCUCGACCAAGAGGAAAACAAGAAUAGAGAGAGUGAGAAUGGAAAGAGUCGUCCAGCGAGAAAACGUCGGACAAAGUCGAAAAAAAAUGAUAAAACUGAUUCUCCAGAAGAUGAGCAGAACAAUGAGAAACCAGAAAAAUCACAGCGUCCUAAAAAAGGGAAAUACAAACCAAGGUCAGGCAUUGAUUUUUCCCUGAAACUUUCGAAUAUUGGUUCGGACGUGAGAGUUCGUGAUUUAAAAAAUGCCCUGAUAGAGCGUGGAGUCAGGCCAACAGAUAUAACAUGGUGUGGAUAUCGUGGAUUCUGCUACCUUCAUUUUGGUAAAUUGAGAAAUAAGAAUUCAGUGCCAAAUGAACCAGUCCAGGUUGACUCGAUUGUUGCUAAUUUACAACAAUUGCGUGUUGGUGAGGAAUCAAAGAAUACAAACGAUGAAUACAUUAUUGUUGAGCCUGCCAAACCCAUAACUAGGAUUGAAAUAACUGACGUUACUGCCGUUUAACUGUCAAUCUAACAUUUUUUCCCCCUUUCUGAAAUAAUAUUCUUUCGUUAAUUCAACAUGUACGCGUAAGUUAGCUUUUCGUCAAUGCUAGAGUCGUAUAAAAUGACUGAAAAUUAUGCUUGACUUAUGAAUAACUAGGGUCUUCCGAGUUUGAUCAUUUUGAGAUUGAGCUCUUUGAAAUGUCAAACAAUUCGAAUAACAUUUAAUUUUCAUUUAUCAAUGUUGCUUACGUUACAACGUUGCCUAAGCCGUUGACCUAUAUAUAUAAAUAUUUUUUUUGGUCUCUAUUUUCACAAUCAGAGUUGAAAAAAUGAUGAUUAGCGUGCUGUAAUGCUCAAUUAAUCAGAUUAAUAACAAAAAGAGUUGAUGAAAUAUUGUGAAAUCUAUUUUUUGAGGAAUAAAAAUAUUUUAAAACAAAUAUUGCUCUCUUGAAGACAAUUGAAAAUUCUCGAUAAAUUAUAUAAACUGAGAGUAUAAAAUAUAAUUUAUGUUAUAUAACUGCGGGUUAUUCCGUCUGCCACUUGUCGUGUUGCAUUAGUUAUUUUAAUUCGAAUUGAAUUUUUAGGACGAAUACCCGUAAUUUGUGAUAUUAACAUACAUAAUUUCAUGCGUUUUUUUUCUCUCUCUUUCUCGCUCUCUCUCUCGCGCGCGUUUUAUUUUAAAAAUUGUAAGGAUUUUUUAUCACAAUCAUCAGUGACACAUAGUAAUUCUGUGUUACCAUACGAUAAUUACAAUUUGUAUUUAAGAUAUAAAGUUAACACAGUCACUCGAUGUGAUAACAAAACACAUAUACUCCAUCCUUCCAUUAUUUUGUGCCUAUUUUAUAUGUUCCAAUGCAAUAAAGCAUUUAUACUUUCAUUCAA